AUGCCACGGAGGGCUGCACAUUCUCAGGGUGAGCCGGGACGGCUCAAGGUUGAGACCGGCCGGCCCCAGGUGCAGCGCAGCUCCGGCUGCUGCAUCCCACCCCCCGCCCGACUUCGGCACCGGGUCACAGUCGUGCCAGCACUUGGAGGGACAAGAGCUGUCCCCGUCUCUGUGUGCCCUCACCCCGCCUCUCCUCUCUGCCCUUCCCGGCUCGCCGGGCCGGGCCGGGGCAGGUGGCUGCGGCAGGUGCCGGCUGCUGCGGCUCCUCUCGUCUCCCGCGGGCUCCGGCCGGCGCCCGUGUGCCCGAGGCUUGCCGGGGAAGUUGCGGGCGCGGAGUGGGGGAGAACGAAUGAGUCCACAGCUUCUCCCUACUUUUCCCCCGCGCCCCUCUUUUUAUCACAGCAUUUCCGGACCAUCCCACCGACACGGUCCCUCCUUCCUCCUCCCCUCGUUGCGGGAGCUGGACUCUCUCCCUCCCCCUGCCUCCGGCUCCCCCGCCCCUUCCCUGCACCGCCCUCGCCCCUCCGUGCUCGCCGCCGAGCAGGCCGGCAGCGCUCCCCACACCGGAGGGGGUGCGUGUGUCUGCAUGCGUGUCCCCCACCCCAUCCCCGGUUGUCUCCAGCAACCAGGUGUCCUUGGGCUUUGCCGUGGGGGGAAGGAGGGGUGGCUGUCAGCCCGCUGUUGCAAUUUGCAAUUGGUUCCUUGGCUCUCCUCGGGAGUCAGUGUGUGUGCCAGGGGAAAUCUCUGCAACCACGGCUUCCUGCAAAAGGGGGAGGGUGUGGGAGAGCGUUCUGCAUCCUCUGUUCUGAGUCCUUCCCGGAGAUCCCCUCUCAUUCCCUAGGUCUUGGAACGAGUUGGAGAGGCAAGGAAGAAGACAGGGAGGGAGUAGACUUUGUCCUCCCUCUUGCUUCGCCUCGGAUUAACUGUGGCCGGAGAAGAAUCGCCGGCUGCUUAUCUCUGUGCUCUCGCUAUCCAGCAACAGUACUUUAUUCAACUUAGCAAGAGCAUCUGAGUGCUCAACUCUAGCUCCGUGAAAGCGCUGUCAGAG